AUGAAGAAGGGGCAGUUAGUUGAAAAUACAGAAUUAAACAAUAAGACCUCCAUCAACGAAUUCAUCCUGCUUGGAUUUGGAAACCAGAAAAUCCGACACAUUCCUCUCUUCCUAGUGUUCCUCCUCAUCUACAUGGGGACCAUGGCUGGGAACUUACUCAUUAUUCUGCUGGUUGCCCUCGACCAACACCUCCACACUCCCAUGUAUUUUUUCCUUGGGAACCUUUCAUGCUUGGAAGCCUGCUGCAGCUCAAACAUCUUACCACGAAUGCUAUCCAGCUUUCUUACUGGAAGGAAGGUGAUUUCAUACAAAGCUUGCUUUGUGCAACAUUAUUUGUUUGGGUCUUUUGCAUCUGUGGAAUGUUACCUGUUAUCAGCAAUGUCCUAUGAUCGGUAUUUAGCUAUAUGCAAACCACUCCAUUAUGUCACCAUGAUGAAUGGCAAAAUAUGUUUCAGGCUGAUCACCUUCUCUUGGAUUAGUGGUUUUCUGGCAACUGCAGUAACACAGAUUUUCAUGUCCCAAUCAGUUUUGUGUGAUAAUAAAAUUGAUCAUUUCUUUUGUGAUACCUUCCCAAUUAUAGAAUUAUUUUGUGGGGACACUUACUACUUAAAACUCUUCCUUUAUGUUUUAUGUUCUAUAUUUACAUUUCCACCAUCUAUAUUAACCCUAACCUCUUACAUUUUCAUCAUUGUAGCCAUAAUGAGAAUGCCUUCUACUGUAGGGAAACAAAAGGCAUUUUCUACCUGUUCUUCUCAUCUCUUGGUAGUCACUAUUUUUUAUGGCAUACUGAUGAGCAUCUAUGUAGUACCAAAUACCAAUAAACUGAAUGGGCUUCAUAAAGUUCUCUCUCUCUUUUAUACUAUUUUGACUCCCAUGCUCAAUCCUAUUAUAUAUAGCCUGAGAAAUAAAGAGGUGAAGGAUGCCUUCAAAAAAUUUAUUACAUUCUUCUUUCUUUAA